AUGACGACGACCUUAAGCUCGGUUUGUGCAGCAUCCCGGCCCUCAGCGGCCACGCUGCGUCACUUGUCAAGGACUGCGGCCGCAACAGCCACUUCACAGCCGCCACGACGCACCUUGCUGCUGGCCAACAGACCACCCUCUCCUUCUCCGUCCGCAGCUUCGACCGCAACAGCCACUUCCCCGUCCUCGUCACAACCGCUCACAACCCUUCCCGAGGCUCACUCUCGCAAUAUGCCUGAGGUCUGGUUCAGUGCGACGUUUCCAUCACGAUCAGACGGCAUCAGCAGUCUUGGAACACAGCCGGGCGGCAAACCACCUGACGAGCGGACCGUCAAGCUUGGCAAGACUCUACGCAUACUCCAAGAACGACUACCGACCCUUCUCCAGUCACCGCUUCCGUCGGAGAUUCUCGCGCCCACAAUCUCGCUGCACCUCUUCCCCUCGACUCACCCGCAUCUACCCGUCGUCUCCGGCCGCGUCGCGUACAUUGCCGCCCUCUGGACAUCGCCGCUCGCGUGGAACCGUGUGCCUCUGGUGGGCAACGUCAAGCUCGAAAUCUUGUCGGAGCGCAUGACCAAGCAGCCAUUGCAGCUUCACUCGGCCGCUGCGCGUCGCGCCGGUGCCAGUGACGAACAACUCGUCGUGCGGUGGCGGACCAUUGGCAAGGGCGGCGACAUGUCGCUGCCGCCGCAGCCGAACGGCGGGUCGCCUGGGGCCACCGCCAACAAGGCACCCGUGGGCACAAGCCAGGCCGUGGGGGACCCAAAAGAGUUUACGGGCCUGUUCAUCUUUGAGUUUGACGGCGUGGGCCGCAUUUUGAGCCACACAAUCGAACACGUUGCCGAGGGCGGCGACUGGGAGCGCAGCGUCGGCGCGCGGUUUGUCGGCCUGACGGACUGGCUGCUAGGCGGGAUCAAGGGCGGCGGCAGCGGAGAGAACACGCCGCUGCCGGCCUUUGAGAUGCAGGACCCGCGGAAGAUACGGCGAGGAGUCUGUUAA